UGUUUUAUUAUGGCAUCCUCACAGUGUCUGAUCCUGGAGAUUAAAGUGAAUAUUUCCAUUACAAAAGCGCUUAAAAACUCGUUUUCAAGAGCCCCGGUGGCAUUUCUAUCAGAUCAAAGAGUGGUCGAAAAAGAGAAUGAGAGAGAAGAAGGACGCCUCCCGCUGGUAAUUUUAAUUUUGUGGUUCCUAUGGUGAAGAAGACGACUCGUUUUGUUGGUUUCCUAGACCUACUAUAAGUAUAAAUACAGCAAACCAAGAAACUCAAUUAAAUUGUGAACUACAGAAGUGCAGGUUAUACAAAAAGGAACUAGUGGAAUAACGACAAGGGCAGAAAUUCAAUCGCCGCACAACAGUGAAUAGCGGACCUUAGGCGAGAAAGAAAGAUACGUUCGGAACUGGUCCAAAGCCUUGCAAAGCUUCUAAACGUAAGCGCAAUUCAGAACGAACACGUCGAAAGAAACGGAGUUCUCAUGCAGUAGAAGUUGAUCAUCGCCCUACAAUAAAUAGCUUAUCUAAAGCACAAAAGCAAGAUGAGCUCGGAUGUCAUUCAAAACAUGACAAAACGACUAAAUUCGGGUGCAAUUCAGAACAAGUCUUCCGAAGGCAACGGACUUCAAAUCGACAGAGUGCUCGAGGCGAUUUUGCUCUCUUUUUUGGCUCUCUUCGCUAUCGUGGGAAAUGGCCUUCUCAUGUACGUCAUAUACUCAAAUCACAAUCUUCGAACUCUUCGGAAUGCUUUUGUAGCAAGUCUUGCGGCUGCCGAUCUCAUGUUAGCUUGUACAGACAUUAUUUACCAAGCUGUGGAAAAGGUCAUAAUCGACUUUAAGCCUAUCCACCCAUCGGUUUGUUACAUUAUCUUGCUUAGCGGAGUAUUGUUCGGUUCUGCUUCUGUGUUUAACCUCACCGCCAUGACUUUGGUCCGUUACGUAAACAUUCGCUACCCUCUUCAUUUUAACCGUUACCUAACUGUCCAUCGCUCUACUACCAUUGUACUGAUGACUUGGCUAAUUGCGCUUUGUCUCGCGUUCCCGCCACUCAUUUGGCGUCCGGAAGGCGUCGUGUGUUCGACAACGAAGCCUUCCGACGAGCACAUCUUAAACGAAGCCAUAUACAUGAGUGCCGAGUGGUUAAUUUGGUUCAUUAUCCCAGCGAUACUCAUAACGUUUUCAUAUUAUCGCAUAUACAUGAUCGCAAGAACUCAAGCCAGGCAGAUAGCUGCACUAGAAGUGACUGCAGUCAGUGAAACAAAUUCUAAGAAUUCUUUCCCUGUAAGAGGACGAGCGUCGUCUUUGAGAGAAAAGAAAGCGGGGCGAAUGGUGGCCAUUUUGGUUGGAUUUUGGGUUCUUUGCUGGCUUCCGUUCUUCACAGUGCUCACCAUAAGUAAGUUCAAGUCUCAAGUGCCAGGCUUUCUCAUGCGUUUGUUUCUGUGUCUUAUGUUUGCAAACUCAGCAAUUAACCCUAUUGUAUUAACGUGGUAUAACCGUGAACUUAAAGAAGCGAUUAAGAAGUUGUUCUGUCGAGAAAAACAGAGUAACCAGUCGUUAUCCAUGGCAGAAACACGGUCAAACUUGAGAGGAUCAACUUCUAAAACAGCAUUUUAAACAUGGCAUACAAACUCAUAAAUAAGACUGAUCAAGGGCGCUGGCUGGUGUUUCUCUCAGAAUGUUUUAAACACCUACUGAGAAGGGAGGACAAAAUGUAAGAGCAUGCCGUGUCAAAAAAAAAUAUUAUUACUCGCAAGAAAUAGCUCUGGAUGGUACUUUAAACGAGUGAGUUUUUACCCCUUAAAAUCCAUUCAAAUAAGCCGCAAUCUUUGAUUCUUUAUUACGUACAGAAAAUAAAUCUAAUCAAAUUUUAUGAUUACUGAAUCGUUAUAAACUCAAGGUUAAUAUCAUAUGGGAUCUCAAACUCACAGCAGAAGAAAUCACCUUGUGGCAAAGACAAUAACUCUUUACAUGACAUCAAAUACAAAAUAUCAGACGGACCUAGUCUCGUACAUAUCGAAAUCUUUCACGGCCAAGCGGUUGCAAGAUCCUACACUGUGGAUCUGGGUACGAGAUUAAGACGGACCAAAGACAACCACUACUCUGACGUAGACCAUUUUAACUCAAUUAAGGCAAUAAAAGAAUGUAAGGCUUUCUUUGCCGAUCUUGAUUUUCGUUGAAUAAACAAAAGGAUUGUUU